AUUAGACUACUUGUUAUUCUCUUUAGGACCAGCAGAAUUCAAAGAUGGCGGCGGCCAUACGGGUGUGCUGUGCCCUCCGUACAUCAUUGGGAGGGACUCGGACAUCACUCAGAGUAAUUGAUGGCACCUUUCAGCUUUCCAGCCUAUCAAGACCGAGCCCCUUGCACUGGACCUGUGCAGCACCUGCUGUGGUUGCAUGGCAACAGACCAGGCAUGGUAGCUUCUUCAAUAAGUUGACUGCGGAUGAGCUGUGGCGGGGGGUGCUGGCUGAGACAGGAUCCGGAGCCAGGAAGGGCCGAGGGAAGAGAACCAAACGCAAGCUCAAGAAGGACCUGAACCGAGGCCAGAACAUCGGAGAGGGGCGAGCGGGCUUUCUGUGGCCCGGGCUGAAUGCACCGGUGGUGAAGGCAGGCGCGGUGCAGUCGAUGGGUCGGCGAGGGGAUGCGGAGCAGCAGGAGCUGCGGGCCGAGAUGGAGAGACAGAGGGACGAGUGGGACAAGCGCCGCAAGAUGCGGGUGAAGAGAGAGAGGGGCUGGACAGGCAACUCCUGGGGAGGGAUCAGCCUCGGGUCCCCAGAUCCUGGCCCCAACGGAGAAACGUAUGAAGAAUUUGACUCCCGUGUGAUCGAGGUGAAGAGUGUGUUCCAUAUGACGGCCAAGGAGGGCAGGAAGAGGUCCAUCAGCUGCCUUGUCGCCGUGGGCAACGGUAACGGAGCUGCAGGGUUUGCCGUGGGGAAAGCAGCAGACAGAACCACAGCUUUGAGAAAAGCAAAGAACAGAGCCAUACAUUACCUGUACUACAUUGAGCGAUACAACAACCACACCAUUUACCAUGACAUUGAAGCAAAAUUCAAAAAGACCACCCUACGCAUGAAGAAACAAAACAAAGGUUACGGUCUGCAUUGCCACAGAGCAAUCAUCACCUUGUGUAAGUUGAUUGGCGUCCAGGACCUGUAUGCUAAAGCAGAGGGCUCAGUCAAUCUCCUCAACAUCACCAGAGCCCUCUUCCACGGCCUGGCCAAUCAGGAGACACACCAGACUCUGGCAGACAAGAGGUGCUUGAACGUGGUGGAGUUCCAGGCCGAGCGUGGCCCCUUGCCCAUCGUUGUUGCCCAGCCCGCGGGUGGAGCCCGCCAGGACCCCGAGCCAGAGGACGAGGUGCCCAGCACGCGCCUGAACUGGAAGGAAGUUCAGGUAGCCCAGGGGAUGAAGCGCUCCGUAUGGACGGGAGUGAAAAGGACCAUCUGGUGAUUCAACUUGGCCAGUCAGAAACCACCUUUGAACCACCUUUCAGAGGCUACCUGCUCAUGGUCAUAUGAAUCCUUCCAGGAUAUGCCACUGUUUCAUUAUGAACUGAAACUAAAAUGACUGAUUUGACCGCACAUGGACUGGUUCUUGGUCUGUAUAGUUCUAUAUGUUUCUGUUCUGGUUGGGUAUGUGGAGCAGGAGACCGGGUGCAAGUGUAUCUGCGUAUGUCAUGUUGUCACAAUAAUGAGCUGAUUAAAGUUUUAAGCCGCCAGGCUUAGUUGGCA